AUGUCGGUUGACCCGCAGAACUCUGAACAGGUUUCAGUGGAAGAACCACAGCUCAGCAUCACGCCCGAGGUUGAGGCUGAGCCUGGUGCUGACGCAGCGCUGGAUGCAAUAAACGACGCUCAAUCGGAGACAACAGCUGACCCAGCAACGGAUGCUACCUCUGUCCACGGAAAAUCCCCAUCUGUCACCGACACCACAUCCUCAGCCAACGACCCCAAAGACGCUAAAACACCUGCACGUGUCAAGACCACCGCAAAGCCAACGACAACCCCAAGGAAGCCCGGAACAAUGGCCAGCAGCGCAGCAAAGGCGAACGGUGACAAUCCCUCAGCGGUCAAGAAGGUCAUCAGUUCUGGAACAUUUGGCGCUGGCAGCGUCAGGUCAGCACCUGCGGUCAAAACCGCGACGUCGGGAGGCGCGAAGCCAACAACGGCGGCACCAGGGGUAAGGAAGACAACCACCGCUGCCAGUGGAACUACUUCGAGAACGGCCUCCGGAACGAAGCCAGCGACGACUGCCGCACCAACUCGUCGAGCAUCCCUUGCCCCCGCCACUAGACCGGCCGCUUCAACUGUCACCCGCAACCCCUUGUCUUCGUCCGUUAACACCAAGACUGCGACCGCCGACCCUGCAAAGGCUCGCGCUUCAGUGGCGUCCCCCACCGGCUCCCAAACGUCAGGCAGAGGCUCAACAACUCCUGCUGCUCGUCCAAGGGCUUCGAUUUCUGAGGCUGUCAGGAAACCCACGGCACCAGCCCGGCCAACCGCGACCACUGCUAGAACCGCGUCGGGAACACGUACCACCGCCUUAUCUCGAACUGCUGCCACGAAAACCGCCACUGCAUCCAUCGGUUCGAUCAAGGAGCUCAAGGAGGACACCAAAGCUCUUGAAGAGCUUCGAGGUCAGCUCAAAGACGCCGAGGAUUUGUUGAAGGUGAAGGAGGAAGCUGUGACAGACUUGGAGGAAGAACUUGAAAAGCUCAAAGCUUCGCUUCAAUCUGCACUGGACGACGUGGAAUCCAAGUCCGCACUCACCGAUGAAUUGACCAAGGCCAAGGCCGAGCUUGAGUCGCAGCUCGAGCAGCUCCAACAGCUCAAGGAUACCACCGCCGCUGGGAAUGAAGAGGAGCAUGGGCGUCCGUUGAAAGAGCUCCAAGACGAGCUCGAGUCGGCCAAACAGGCUGGAUCUGAGCAGGCGUCCGAAGUCGAGAGGCUUCGUGCCCAGGUGACUGAGCUCGAAGCUGCCGUUUCCGCUGCCAAGGCGGAGCUUGAGGCUGCGCAGACUAAGGCUGCAGCUGCUCUGUCAGACGCUUCACAAGCUUCUUCGGUUGAGAAUGAGGCUUUGCUCAAGGCUCAGGAGGACUUCAAGGCCAUUUCCAACGAAAUCGAAACCCUAAAGGCGGCCCACUCGGAAGCAUUGGAGAAGGCCAAUUCGAAUGUCGCCGAACUCGAAGCCAAGGCAGCGCAGGCUGGCACCCUCCAGGAGCAAUUAGAGGCGUUCAAGGCCGAACGCGAAGAGACGGCUGGAAAGGUGUCAGAGCUGGAGGUUGAGGUUUUGGAGCUCAAGGAGCAGAUCGAAGAGCUGGAGGAAGAGCGGAACGAACUCAAGUCAACCAUCAAGUCUUUGGAGGAGCAGUUGGCCAACGGUGCUACCGCCUUGCAGAAUUCCACCAAAGCGGCCCAGGAUAAAGAAGCUGAGCACACUGCACAGAUCGAAGCUCUCAAUGCCAAACGCGACCAAGACAUCAAGGACGCCGAAGAGCGGUAUAGCGCACUGCAGGAAACGCUCCAGUCUAUUCAAAACCAACUUACAGCCGCCCUGGCCGCGCAAGAGAAGGCCGAACAAGACAUCAUCGCCGCACAGAACGCCCAUGAUGAGCAGGUCAAACAGCUCACCCUGGCGCACGAGGCGCGAAUUGCCGAGCUGAAUGCCCAGAUCGCUUCCAUUAGCGAGACACUUCAAAACCAAGAAGCGAUCUACGACACUAAAGUUCAAGUUGUGAAAGACGAGCAUCAGACACUUCUCAAAGAAGCGUUUGAACGCGCGAAGUCGGAGGCUGCUACCAAUCAUGCCCAAGAACUGCAAGCUCUUCGUGCGGAAUCCAAGGCAACCAUUGAGGAAAUCCAGCAGUCGAACAAGGUUGCGCUGGAUUCCAUCAAGAACGACCACGCAUCGUCCCUCGAGUCGACUGUCAACGACUACACUAAGAAGAUCAACAACCUGAACCUGGAGCUCAAGGCGACCAAGGACGACCUUUCAAAGUCCAAAUCUGCACUGGAAUCCCUUCGUGCGGAACUGGAGACCGCCACCCAACAACGCGAUGAGGCGAGGUCUGCCGCUAGUGCGACACCGACCGUCCCUUCAGAACACCUUGAAGAAGUUGCACGCCUUACGCAACAGCUGGCGAUCACCAAGGACGAUUUGGCCGCAGUCACCGAUCAGCUCAACCUGACCAAGUCAUCGAUGCAAGAGAUGUCUGAGAAGCACCAGAAAGACUUGGAAGAAGCUGCGCAGAAUCGGGCUGCAGAAAUCAUCAGAAUCAACGGUGCUCACGACGCCGAGGUUACCUCCUUGGCCACGCAAAAGUCGGAGCUCUUGAUCAAACUUUCGGACCUCGAAGGAGAGCUUGCGACCGUCAAGGCCGACCUUGCUGCUGCUCAGACGGCAAGUCCCAAGACCAAUGGGGCCUCCCAGCAAGCCCCUGCAUCGCCAGGCGUCACGAAGGAGGAACUGGCCAAGUUGCACGAGGCGCAUAACCUCAAGGUUUACGACCUUCAGGCUGAGCACGAGAAGGCUAUCAAGGCGCUGAAGCAGCAGUUGGAGGAUGCGUUGGAGAAGACCGAGCAACUGAACGCCGAUGUGGCACGCAAGGCCAUGGAGAUUCAAUACCUCGAGCAGGAGCAAGACGAGAAUCAAGAACAAAUCAGGCAGCUGACGGAAGACCUAGAGGCGGCGAGAAAUGCCUCCGGUGCACCCGUUGCAGCAGCAUGA